UCGCCUGCAGAACUUUUACCAGCGUUUUGUGACACAUGUUGCUCUUUCUCAGGAAACGUCCACUUCCGCCUUCUGUCGCCUCGAGCCGUGCGUUGCCACUUCCAGAGCGGUCGCGUGCUCUGUGCUCAGCAGCCAGCUGUGUGACAGAAGGUGUAGCUGCGCUGCAGGCUGGCUGUGUUCACAUGGAAUAGGCUCUAUUUACAGGCUCCUUAUCGUCAAAUAAACAGAGCGCAUCUGCAGCCCUACCCAACGGCCCGACAGAGUGAGCGAGCCGGAGGAGGGAGGUUGCUUUCGCUUUCUUCUACAAGAGAGGCGAGGAAGUGAUUUGAAGUGCUCUGUUGAAGUUCAGGAGCGGAAGGUGUUUUUUUUAUUUAUUUAUUUAUUUUUAUGUUUGGUGAUUGAUGGAGUUUUCUGAGCACAUCAAGACCGCCAACGUGGAGGAUGUUGUCCUCCGACAGCCGCUGCACCCGCCGAGCAGAGGCACCCUGUGCAUCACCGGCCACCACCUGCUCUUCUCGGACAGAGAGGAGGGCAGCUCCCGGCAGGUCCUGCUGCUCCUCAGGAGCAUCGAUGCCAUAGAGAAAAGUGUGGAAAACCUUUUGGCCUAUUCGGGCCUCUUCUCUAAUGCACGCCGUGGUGAAAGUUUGUCAGCGAGAGACACACACAGCUCAGCUGACUGGUUUCGCCUUUCUUUGCUGCUGAUAUCUGGAUCCUCAGGGACAAUUAUCAUCAAGUGUAAAGAUCUGCGAGUGCUCCAGCUUGACAUCCCAGGCAUGGAACAGUGUCUCAACAUUGCACACUCCAUUGAGACCCUGUCCUGUCUGGACAGGGUGUCGGAGAUGUACCCUUUCUUUUACAGACCCUCUGAUCUCAGCCUGCAGGACCAGUGGGGUCUCUCAUCCCCUGAAAAACACUACAGUCAAAUGAAGGAGCUCCAUGAUAGGUGGAGGCUGAGCGCUGUGAACAGAGACUACUCGGUGUGCCCCUCGUACCCCCCAGCUGUCAUCGUCCCCAAGAGCACGGAUGACGAGGUGCUAAAGAAGGUGGCCAAAUUCAGACAGGGAGGACGCUUCCCUGUCCUCUGCUACUACCACAGGAAGAAUGGCAUGGUAAUCAUGCGCAGCAGUCAGCCCCUGACAGGGGCCAAUAGGAAGCGCUGCAGGGAAGACGAGCAGCUCCUCCAGGCUGUGAUCGAAGGCUCAGAUAAAGGCUACAUUAUCGACACACGCUCUAGUCAGCAGGCACAGCAGGCGAGGAUGACAGGUGGAGGGUUUGAGUCCAAAUCGUCUUACAGCCACUGGAAGAGACUGCAUAGACAGAUGGAGAGGGGUAAAGCACUGCAGGAGAGUCUAAUUAAACUGGUGGAGGCUUGUGGUGACACGUCCCAUAAUAUGGAUCGUUGGCUCAGUAAGCUUGAAAACUCAAAGUGGCUGUCUCACGUCCAGACAGCUCUGUCGACUGCCGGCCUGCUGGCAGAGUGCGUGGAGAGGGACGGUCAUUCAGUUCUGGUUCACGGCUCUGAGGGGACAGACUCCACUUUGCUCAUCAGCACUCUGGCUCAGCUCAUCAUGGACCCACGCUGCCGCACGCUGGAGGGCUUCCUGGCUCUGCUGGAGAGGGAGUGGAUACAAGCAGGACACCCGUUUCAGCAGCGAUGUGCCCACUUCGCCUACUCCCAUGCCCGUCUCCAGCUGGAGUCCCCGGUCUUCCUGCUGCUGCUGGACUGUGUGUGGCAAGUGCUGCGUCAGUUCCCUUUGGCGCUAGGUUUCUCUGAGGCGCUGCUUCUGAGGCUGGCCACUGAGGCUUACGCAUCCAACUAUGGCACCUUCCUUUGCGACAGCCACCAGGAAAGGUGUUCUCUAGGAGUGAUGAAGAACACCCACUGUUUGUUCUCGGCCCUGCUGAGGCCCGGGAAGAGAGAUUACUACUCUAACCCCCUGUAUGAGCCCACUGAGCUUGCAAUCUGGCCCUCAGUGCACCCUCAGUCCCUGCAGCUUUGGAGAGGUUUUUUUCUGAGGUGGACCCCACAAGCUCGUCACCUCGAAGAGGCUCAGGAGGAAAUAAGGAACAUGGUCAUCGAGUGGGGGAAGCUGGCACUCAGCUGAAGCCCUUUCUGUGGACACUCAGUCUGAACAUGUAGAACAUGUUUAAAGGAACAAUGUUACCAAUCUGCAGUGUGUUUUGACAUCAUAUUUUUUUUAUUUCCCAAGUCUUAAUAUACUACUGUGUCUUAAUGUACAGUCAUUUUGUAUUAUUUUUAUAAAAAGUGUAUGAUUUAAAAAAGUA